UGAUCAGGACAUUCUACGGGGGAUUCCGGAUCAAUAAAUCAGUGGUAGGAUAUAUAUGAAUAAACAGUUAUACAAAGAUUUAUGUGACGCAAAAAGAAAUGUAAUCAAAUUUAUAAUCACACGGAAUAUAAAACAGAACACGAGUGUUACAUGUAUGUUACUUUAAACAAUGGAUACUAGCAAUUCAAAUGUUAACAGCAGUGGAACGGGGAACAAACCUACUUUCGAUUUCACAAAACAGUCUUGGAAAGAUGAUGUCACUUUCCUCGUGGAGGGAAAGCGGCUGUACGCUUCAAAAUCAGUUUUAGCCAUCUUUUCUCCAGUUUUUGAGUUAAUGUUUGGCUCUAACUUCAAGGAGAAGGAAGACAAUGAAGUCCCAUUACCAGAGAAAAAAGCUGAUGACUUUCUUGAAUUUUUACAUUGCCUUUAUCCUAAUUCAAGUAAGACUGUUUCGAGAGAUAACGUACUAAAACUGCUUCCAUUAGCGGAUGAGUAUCAGACAUUGCCGCUGCUGGAGGAAUGUGAAAAGACACUAAACACGCACAUACGCAACCAAGAUGGUAUUUUGAGCAUCCAAGAGUUACUGCAAUGUUAUAACAUUGCUUCACGUCACGGGCUGUCGGAAGUAAAAUGCUUGUCCGUGGAAGAGAUUCUUAAUGAGGAUGACUUUGAAGUUAUUUUCUCUGAGGCAGAACAAAUCAUGGACAAAGAUACACUACUGAAUUUCAAAAGCAACAUAAUUGCACAGCAAUCCAAUCGCCUAGGUGAUGUAAGGACUAAGCUUGUUAAAUAUGUUUUGACGACGUCAGACCCCAGUAGAUCUAUUAGCGGAUUCGAAAAUGCAAAGGGAGCAAUAAUUGAACAUACGAUUGCAAAUGUUUUUGAUCCUAGUUUAUAAGAUGACAAGUACAGCAAGCCGGUAAAGAUAUGGAAUGCCAGUUUUAAGAUUAAAAUCUCCGUUAUUCGGAAAGCGAAUAGACCUGAUGAACAAAGUGAAAAAUACCUGUCCACAUAUCUUUGUUGCAGUUUACCAGGUGGCAAAUGGUCAUGUGGGGUCAAGGGUGACAUUGUUCUUGAAAAUGUGUUUGCAGUUAAGGAUAAAGUGAUUUCUAGAGAGGAUAUAUCUUGCGUCUUCGAGUCACCUAGUACUUUUUCUUGGCGUUACGAAUCUGGUACUUCUGUGAAGCUAUCUAACUUUUUGAUAGGAACACCAGGAAAUGUUGAAAAUUACACCGGAAAAGUAGUUGCUUAUAUUCUGGCAAACAAACCGGUAGAAGAUAAUCAAACUGAAUGAAAUAUGUGCCAAUCAUGCUUCAUUAUUAUAAUGUCUCGGGACUAUGCAGACCAUGGGAAGGAUAAGAAUGCAUAAAACCUUUAAAGGCAAUAGUGUUCGAAUUUACAUUUUUUAAAUAUAUUUAAAAGGACUGUGUAUUCUUUAUUGAUUCAUUUUUUUAUAUUUCAUUUUUCAUGAACUAAGAAAUAUAAUCAUAAUCACCUUCUAAAUUGUUAUAUUUCCACAUUUUACAAAUAAGGCAUGCAAAAUGUAUGUUUUACUUACCUAAUAUAAAAAGUCUAUGCCCUUAGUGUAGAAAGCUGAAGAUAUAAAUUUGAUCUUGGAGUCUUAUCACAGAUUAUUACGUAUUAUAUGUACACGCUUUGCUGAGGCUUUAAAAGUCGCUUUGACCGCGACACCAACAUCAGUAGGGGUUGUUUAUGUCUUUGGCAAUGUCUUUGGCAAUGUUCUUAGAAAAUCAAACGGACUAGACUGAAAGCAGGUCCGAUAAACAAUUAUGGCAGGAUCUUCCAAAGUGAGAUGUUAAUGCAUAAAACCAAGAGAAAAAAAAACCAGAGAAAAUGUUAAAAUAUUUAUUAUCUAAACUGUGUAACAAAUUUUUAAACAUCUUACAAACCUG